AUGAGGCGCCAUCUGGCGUACGGUGGCCGCAGCUGUCGACCUCACAAGGACACGAAUACGGAUGUGGAUGCGGCACGGAUGCGGAUGAGGUUGGACACGGAUGCGGAUGCGGAUGUGGACACGGACGCGAGCGCGGCACCGCGACCAAUAGAUUUGGCCAAGCCCAAGCGAACUGAAGACAACGAGAACUGCAGCCCGCCAAAGGCAACAAACCCCGGACCACAUGCAACAAUCGCAGCUACGGCGACGCCAACUGUGACAGCGACGCCGACUGCGGCAGAGGCAGCGACCGCGACUGCGACGGAGACACCGAGCGGAGGAAAAAGGAGAACAGACAGAGCGGAAGCGAGUUCCGGCGACUUAUGGCCAUGUUUGUUGUACGGGUAA